GACCCGGCGCUCGGUAAGAAGCGCCACCUGCCCCCGGCGGCCCGCGCCCGUCGGCUGGCCUCCAUACCGAUCGAUUUCAAAAGGUGGUGCGGACGCCAGCGGCGGCAACGUGCCCCGCCGAGACGAGCGGCGGCCGCCGGAGCGCAGCCGCCAUGUCCGGCGCCACCGCGGUCCACCGCGCCGCAGCAGCUCGCUCAGCCGGCCGACCAGCAGCCGACCCAUGACCUGACCUGCGCCCCUCGUGUCCGGCACCAACCUAGUGGCCGUGUGCAGCCGUUACCCAGGAGCCCGGAGCACCGGUCGGCGCGUCCCGCGGCCGCCGCCGGGCUCCUCGCACUCGGCCUCUGGCCCCGACUGGUCGACGGGUCCCCACGGGCCGCCGCCCGACCCGCGCCUCGGCAGACGGUCGGGAACGCCUGAACAGCUCGGCGUCGGAGGCGGCCGCCGGCCCGUGGGCGUCAGGUGUAGCGGCCGCCCCCCAGCGGGCAGCAGGCAGCCGCCACCGCAGAGGCCCGGCCCUGCGCCGCAGGUACCAGCAGGGACCACCUCCGCCGCCGCAGGGACCAGCCGUGCCGCCACAAGGACCAUCAGGGACCAUCCCCUCCGCCACAGGGACCAGCAGGGACCAUCCCCGCCGCCACAGGGACCAGCAGGGACCACCUCCGCCGCCACAGGGGCCUGUUCCACUCGCUGCUGACCUGGCUGCCCGCGCCGAGCGUCGGCGCUGGACAAACCGCUCAAGCCGCUGCCAAUCGAGCACGGCCGGGCGCCGCAGUGGGGGCUCUGUGCGGCAGCGCCACCCGCUGACCGGGCGCCGCAGUGGGACUGUGUGCGGCAGUGCCACCCGCUGACCGGGUGCCGCAGUGGGGGCUGUGUGCGGCAGCGCCACCCGCUGACCGGGCACCGCAGUGGGGCCAGCACCACCCGUCUGACUGGACGCCACGCGACCGCCGCGCUACCGACGCGCGAUAAACGUGACCCGGGACGCCCCACGUGGGACGUGUCACGUCGGGUGCGAAGUGACUACAGGCACCCAGCGAGGUACUUACAGUGCGCCAAAGUGACGGCGAUCAGGGGUGUGGCGAUGAGCGGCCAGGGCGGCGCUGGCCCGCCGGCGUCGGGCGGCUCCCAGCCGACCAAGGCCGACGGCGGCGAGAUGGACGCGCUGCUGCUGGGCCGUCUGCAGGAGCUGCAGGAGCUGGUGGCCGCCACUCCCACCCAGCGGAACUGGCGCGGCAUCCUCAUCUCGCUGCUAGUGAUCGGCCUGGUCAGCUCGCUGAUCGUCACCUGUGUCAUCCUGCUGACCCCGCCGGACCUGGGGCCGAGAAUACGAGGUCACCUUGUUACUCUGGAAGACAUUGUGAAGUCCACCUACAGGGUUCAGCACGACGAUGCCGCUUGGAUCACAGAUGACGUCAUCACGUACCGUGAUGACGACGGCGGUGUGUCGGCGUACCACGUGCUCCGGAACGCCACCACAGUGCUCGUCAGCAACGUCACCAUGCGACAAAAACACUCGGAGAGGGCUCUGGUGUCUCCAGACCUAAACUUCGUGAUUCUCUUCGGCAGGCGAAAAAAGCUGACCGAGUACACCGGUGAAGCGCCCUGCUGGCUGCUCAGCGUCAACAGCGGGCGGGUCAGCGCGCUGAAGCCGGAGCCGUGGUCGGAGCGGCACCCGGCACUGCAGCACGCCGCCUGGAUGGCCGGCAGCGCGCUGCUCAUGCUGCACGGCGGCAACAUCUACUACAAGGCGCGCGCGCUCAGCGCCGACUCGUUCGCGGUGACCUCGGACGGCCGCGCCGGUCUGCUGCAGCACGGCCUGCCCGACCUGCUGUACGCAGAGCACAUCCUGCGCGCGGAGUCGGCCGUGUGGCCGUCGCCGGACGGCACGCUGCUGCUCUACUUCAGCUUCAACUGCACGGCCGUGGCCGAGCUGCACUACACCGAGUACGGGGCCGCGGCCGAGCCGGCCUACCCGCGCGUCCGCUCCGUCCGAUACCCGCGGGCGGGAGCCGUAAACCCGUCGCUGACGGUGACCGUGGCCAACGUGACGAACCCGGUCCGGAUGGACUACCGCACCGUGCUGCCGCCGGCCGGCCUCUCCGACAGUGAGCUGUACGCGGCCGGAGUCCGGUGGCUGGACAACUCGCGGGCGUCCGUCACCUGGUACAACCGGCGGCAGAACGUCAGCCACGUCUCCGUCUGCUCGGCGCCCAGCUGGCGCUGCCGAACGGUGUACCAGUCUCAGUCGCCGCGCGGCUGGGUGCCGAUCGGAGACGGUCCCGUGUUCUCAGAGAGCGGCUCGGCGGCCGCUCUUCUGGACCGCGUACAGGAUGGCGAUCACGGACUCUACACGCAGAUUCUCAUGGUGGAGCUGGGCGCCGGCCGCAGCGUCACGCAGAUGACGCAGAACAGAGCCGACGUCACCCGCAUUCUGGCCUGGACCAAAGGCUUCAUCUACUACCUGUCGGCCGUGGAGGGCUGGCCGGGAGAGCGGCACCUGUACCGGCUCUCGGAGCACCGCUCGCCGCUGCGGCGCACCGUCCACUGCCUGACGUGUCCGGCGGCCGAGGGCGCGCCGGGCCCGCGCUGCCUGCAGCACGAGGCGCUGGUGGCGGCCGGCGGCCGGUACGCGCUGCGCUGCGUCGGCCCCGACGUGCCGCGGCUGACGCUGGCUGCGCCGGCCGGCGCCGUCAGCCUGCGCAACAGCACGGCGCUGCGCGCGGCGGCCGCCGGCCUGGCGGCGCCGGCCGUCCGGCUGCUGGCCGUGCCGCUGCCGGCCGGCCGCGCCGCCACCGUCCGACUCCUGGUGCCGCCGCAGUACCGCGACGGCGACCAGGCGGCCUACCCGCUGCUGCUGUGGCUGGCGCCCGGCGCGGCCGCCGACCGGCGCUGGCGCGUCGACUGGCCCGCCUACCUGGCCUCCCAGCAGAGCUUCGUGGUGGCCACGGUCGAGGUGCCGGCCGCGGCCGGCGCGGAGGUGCCGGUGGGCGCCGCCGAGACGGCCGCUCUCCGGCUGGUGGUCUCCCAACUGACCGAGAAACUGAGCUUCGUGAGCGCCAGCCGCGUGCUGGUGGCCGGCUGGCAAUACGGCGGCUACCUGGCGGCCUCGCUGCUGGCCAGCGCCGCGCCGGGCCAACAGCUGCGCUGCGCCGUGGCCGUGGCGCCUAUCGCCAACUGGGAACUCUACGCGUCUGCGGCCAGUGAGCGCCGGCUGGGCGACCCGCACACCAACCAGCGCGGCUACUCGGAGUCGGCGGUGGGCGGCGCCGGUCUGGUGGGCCGCCGGCUGCUGCUGGUGCACGGCACGGCCGACACCAGCGUCAGCGUACAGCACACCCUGCUGCUGGCACGGCGGCUGCAGCGCGCCGGCGCACUCUUCUCACAGAUGCUGUACCCGGACGAGGGCCACCAGCUGGACGGAGUGCGCGAGCACCUGUACCGCACACUGGACCAGUACCUGCACGAGUGCUUCCUGCCGGACAACGUGCGCCAGUUGGUGGCCGAGACCAUAUGAGAGCGGCCCCCCGGCGCCUGCUGCCGGGGAGAGGUGUGCACCAAACGCGAGAAGCUGGCCGGCUGCACGGCCGAAACGCCGCCCGACCAGUGACAGCCGAGAGACAGAGAGAGAGAGAGGAGCCGCCCGGCGGCGGCAGGAGCAGAGGGGGACGCGGGACGCACCAGCGGAGCCGCACCGCUGCCGCCGAGGACCCUCCUGGCCGAGACAGAGCGCCGGCCGAAAACGGAGUCUGCUGGAACCCCGGACUGAAACGCAGCCCUGAUAGAAAACAGUUAGGAGAGGGGGGAGAGAGGGAGAGAAAGAAGGCAGAGUCACCAUGCCAGUCUCUGGAAUCACUACUAGUCGACAUUGCACCGUGGGUGCACAUAGUAUUCCGUGUAUUCCGCAGUAUUCCGUGCCGACACACCGGGACAGCGGCCACGGACAGACAGCGGCGAGCUGCAGACAGCUGCCCGGGCAGACAGCCGCCUGCUGAGGACAGCCGCCCGGACAGACAGCGGCGAGCUGCAGACAGCUAACCGGACAGACAGCCGCCUGCUGAGGACAGCUGCCCGGACAGACGGCCGCCUGCUGAGGACAGCUGCCCGGGCAGACAGCCGCCUGGUCCGGGCAGCUGCCCAGACGUACCGCCUCCUGGUCCGGGCAGCUGCCCAGACAGACAGCCGCCUGGUCCGGGCAGCUGCCCAGACGUACCGCCUCCCGGACAGACAGCUGUCGGCUCGGACCGUGCCGCAGCGAAUUCACACCCGCACCCGGGUGUCUGCUGCUCGGGGCAGCGAAUUCACACCCGCACCCGGGUGUCUGAAGACUGGCCCGCUGCUUAUCGCGCUGUGCCUCGCAGAGUCGCUCUCUGUGCUCCGUGUGGGCUCGCGGAGUCGCUCUGUGCUCGCUCUGUGCUCCGUGUGGGCUCGCGGAGUCGCUCUGUGCUCCGUGUGGGCUCGCGGAGUCGCUCUGUGCUCACUCUGUGCUCCGUGUGGGCUCGCGGAGUCGCUCUGUGCUCGCUCUGUGCUCCGUGUGGACUCGCAGAGUCGCUCUGUGCUCCGUGUGGACUCACAGUCGCUCUGUGCUCCGUGUGGGCUCGCGGAGUCGCUCUCUGUGCUCCGUGUGGGCUCGCGGAGUCGCCCUCUGUGCUCCGUGUGGGCUCGCGGAGUCGCUCUGUGCUCGCUCUGUGCUCCGUGUGGGCUCACAGUCGCGCUCUGUGCUCCGUGUGGGCUCGCCAAGGCCUUCGUCCGUCGCUCUGUGUUCUGUUAGCGUGUUUCGAUGUGCCGCCGGCCGGGCUGGCCGAGCCGCCGUGUCUGUGUGCCGAGCCGCCGUGCCCUCCAGCGGUGUCUGAGUGCCGUGCCGUCCGCUGUGUGUGCCGUGCCGUGGCCGACGGCAGAUAUUCGAUGCCCGCGCUACAGUCGCUGCGGCGCCGCCGCCCGGACGGCCACCGUCUCCUGACAGUCUGUCCGGUGACAGUCUGUCCCCCUGACAGUCUGUCCAGUGGCAGUCUGUCUAGUGACAGUCUGACCGUCGGUGGCACAAUGGCGCGGCGGAGUGUGUGCAAAUACACUGACUGUAUGCACAGUAGCCCAUUCGUCACCGUAUGUACAGUGUAACGCUAGAUGUACAAUGUAUUAUGUAUGUGCACUGGGACACAGGAUGUACAGUACAUUGUACAUUGCACAUUAUAUGUAUCGUCUCACUGCGUGUUGCGUGUUUUUUUUUUCGACAAAGCCGAGAAUAGCUCGAAGCUAUAAAAAAAAAACUUGGAAUAGCUCAUGACACAUCAAUUUCGCAUCAUGGCUGAUUUUUUCACCCCAGUUCACAUAAGGUCAGGUCACCAGGUAAAGUAGUGAUCAUGCGUCUAAAAAAACUUAGUGAUUCUGUCAUUCCUAUAGUUUACAUCCAGAAGUUAAAAACUCGGGGUUAUGACAUGAGGGAAUCAGUGCCAAAAAUGUGUACAUCUCGGAAUUUUUAUAUCGGUAACCCAAGGCCAGCGCAGCUCUCCAUUAUAAGUCAAUGGGAGACAAUUGGAACGCUCUUUUUGGAACAAAAACACUCAUCGGGAUACAUCGGGAUACAGGUAAACAUGAUACAAUGAAUCUGAAAAAUGCACCCGUGCCCCCUUUGUGACCCUGAGGUCACUCAGGUCAUGAAAAGUAUCCAGCAGUUUAUGACAUUAACUUAAUUGAUAGAAACACGAUAAAGCGAUGAAACGCCACGGGAGAAACAGUUAAACGAUACCAAUAGACUAAUAUGCAAUAUGAUCUUUUCUGUGACCUUGACUUGGGCCGAAUUUUUUAGUCGACCUUUCAGGCCAAUGCAGGUUUAGUUUCAUUCGACGCAUCUAGACGAAAGAAAUACGAUGCUGGUAAAAUCAAACUAAUACAGGGUUGAUGUCAAAAGUUAUCACAGAAAAAAACUUUUACAGGGAAACGCUACAUUUAAGAGUUUUUGCCCUCUGCACGCUAAACCGUUGAGCUAAGAACAAAUCUGAGACAUGAACAAUCCGAAAGAGCCUUCAAAGGCUAACGAAUGCGCAGACAUCUACUGGCUGAGAAUCGGAGUAGUAGUGCUCAGACACCAACGCUGAGCGGAGCCACCUCCGAAGUUAACGCACCCUUAACGCUUGGCUGUAGCUCUUUUUGUUUAGAGUUAUGCGCCGAUUGUGAAAAGUUGUCAAAACCGGCAACCAAAAUUCUUGAUAAUUUUACUUUUGGUGACCUGCAGUGACUUUAGCGAGACCCGAUCGAAAGAUGAUCUGUAUGAUUCUUAAAGAUCUUGUAGCGAGCUUUCUAUUGUUUUUCUUUCGCGUCUUUCUAGCUUUCUUACUUUCCGAUAACCUGGUGUGACCCAAUGCGCCCCCCCCCCCCUAUGGCGAAGUUGGAUGAGAGGCCCAGCCGGGCGCGGGUUUGUAAAAGGCCUAACCGAAAGAGUGGCGCAUCGCGCGUCUGCCCGUUAUGAGUUCCAGUCGACUGAUACCAUUGCCUCUGAGGUUAUUAUGAUACCCACCCGCGGUUUUGUCGAAAAAAAGAAAACCCACCACGCAGUAAGACGAGAGCUAUACAAUGUGCCACUGUAUGUACACUGAAUGUGCAUUGAAUGUACAGUGAGACACUGUAUGUACGCUGAAUGUACAGUGUAGCACUGUAUGCACACGGUAUAUACUGCAGGACAGCCGAGGAAUGUGUCAUUGUUAUAAUACAGGUAUGCAUUGACUGUG